AUGUCGUCCUCCUCAACACGCGUGGUUGACAUCCACACGCACAUGUACCCUCCCUCUUACAUCCAAAUUCUGGAAUCCCGUUCAAAGAUCCCCCUCGUUCGCAAGUUUCCUCAAGCAUCCGAUCCUAGACUCAUCCUUCUAGAGGCAGAAGUCAAGGCUUUAGAAGAAGCAACAAAGGAUCCUGAAGCCAAACCACCUGGUCGACCUCUAACAUCUCACUAUGCAUCGCUCGCCCAAAAGAUACACUUCAUGGAUACGCACAAGAUUGACAUCUCUGUCAUAUCUCUAGCGAACCCAUGGCUGGAUUUUCUAACCCCCUCCGAGUCUGGUCCUAUAGCAGAGUCUGUCAAUCAAGAGUUCUCACGCAUGUGCGGUGAGCAUCCAGGAAGGCUCUUCUUCUUCGGCACACUACCCUUGACAGCGAGCUUGGAAGCCGUCUUAGGGUGCAUAGAGUACCUCCGGACACUCAAGUAUUGCAGAGGUGUCAUCUUGGGCACUUCAGGGCUUGGAAAAGGCCUGGAUGAUCCAGAUCUCCUACCCAUUUUCGAGGCCCUCGCACAAACACAGCUGACUGUGUUCCUGCAUCCCCACUACGGCCUUCCCAAUGAUGUCUGGGGUCCUCGGGCAAGCGCCGAAUAUGGCCACGUUCUCCCCUUAGCUCUUGGUUUUCCAAUGGAGACGACAAUUGCUGUUACCAGAAUGUACUUGGCCGGCGUGUUCGACAAAGUUAAAGAGCUGCGCAUGAUCCUCGCCCACAGUGGCGGAACGCUUCCUUUCCUUGCCGGCAGAAUUGAAAGCUGCAUCGUGCAUGAUGGGCAACUUCUCCGAGAAGGAAAACUUGGAAAGGACCGUCGAACAGUGUGGAACGUACUGAAAGAGCAGAUAUAUCUCGAUGCAGUCAUCUACUCUGAAGUUGGCCUCAAAGCAGCCAUCCAGGCUAGCGGUGCGGACAGACUCAUGUUUGGCACCGAUCAUCCCUUCUUUCCGCCUCUUACAAGCGACGAGCAGGGUGAAUGGGAGAGUGUGAGUCUCAAUGCAGAGGCUGUUGCUCAUGCAGUUGGACAAGGCACUGGGGACUGCGAGAACGUCAUGGGAAUGAAUGCCGUCAAGAUAUUGCGACUUGACAGUGAAUCAUGA